CGUUCAAUCGUGAAGCGAAUUGACUCUUGCAGGCUCGGUAUGUGGCGCAUGAGUAUGCGUUUCGGGAUGUAACGGCUGUUUCUCGGAGUACUCUCACUGAAUUAAAACAUAUUUAUAUACCAGGGUGGCUCAGAAGAUAGGAAACCUAAGAAGAGCGGACACAAACUAAGGGAGUUUACGACAGCGCGGAGUGGAGGGAGACACGGGAGCGUGGCAGGAGGGACGACCUAGCAAAUCCAACCGACACCGCACGCAGAAAUGGCGGAGCACCACGCAGCAGGCGACGGCAAGCACAAAGCGUCCACCAAUGCCGGUGGCUCGGUGCACGGGAACAGCCGACCUGGCGCCGCGGGUGGAGGAGGGGGAGGGGGGAAAGUAGGCCUGUCUGGUGGACUCACACAGCCGGCAGGGUGGCAGUCUUUACUCUCCUUUAGCAUUCUCUUCCUGGCCUGCCUGGCCGGAUUCAGCUCAAGACUUUUCGCGGUGAUCCGGUUCGAGAGCAUCAUCCACGAGUUUGAUCCAUGGUUCAAUUACAGAUCAACACACCAUCUCACCACAAAUGGAUUCUACGAGUUCCUCAACUGGUUCGAUGAAAGGGCUUGGUACCCCCUGGGCAGGAUCGUUGGUGGCACCGUUUACCCCGGGUUAAUGGUGACUGCCGGCCUCAUCCACUACGUGCUUAACCUGCUCCACAUCACCGUCCACAUCCGUGACGUAUGUGUCUUUUUGGCACCGGUGUUCAGCGGUCUGACCGCCAUCUCCACCUUCCUGCUGACGAAGGAGCUGUGGAACCAUGGUGCAGGGCUGCUGGCAGCCUGCUUCAUCGCCAUCGUCCCUGGCUAUAUCUCCCGCUCGGUUGCAGGCUCUUUCGACAAUGAGGGCAUCGCCAUCUUCGCCCUGCAAUUCACCUACUACCUCUGGGUGUCCGCAUGGGGAGGUUAUGUGUUCAUUAUCAACCUGAUUCCUCUGCACGUGUUUGUGCUGAUGCUGAUGCAACGCUACAGCAAAAGAGUCUACAUCGCUUACAGCACUUUCUACAUUGUGGGUCUUGUACUGUCGAUGCAGAUCCCCUUUGUGGGCUUCCAGCCAAUCAGGACCAGCGAGCACAUGGCUGCUGCCGGUGUGUUUGCACUUCUCCAAGCCUAUGCCUUUCUGCAGUACCUGAAAGACAGGCUGACCCGACAGGAGUUCCAGACGCUCUUCCUCCUCGGAGUGUCUCUUGCCGCCGGCGUGGUCUUCCUCACAGUCAUCUAUCUCACUUACACAGGACACAUUGCUCCGUGGAGUGGUCGUUUCUACUCUCUCUGGGACACCGGCUAUGCUAAGAUCCACAUCCCCAUCAUAGCGUCAGUGUCGGAGCACCAGCCCACCACCUGGGUCUCCUUCUUCUUCGACCUCCACAUCCUGGUCUGCACCUUCCCAGCAGGCCUCUGGUUCUGCAUCAAGAACAUCAACGAUGAACGAGUGUUUGUGGCCCUGUAUGCCAUCAGCGCGGUGUACUUUGCCGGUGUGAUGGUGCGCCUGAUGCUGACACUGACUCCGGUGGUGUGCAUGCUGUCUGCCGUGGCUUUCUCCAGCGUCUUUGAGCAUUACAUGGGAGACGACACGAAGAGAGAGAAACCCCCCGCUGAAGACAGCAGCGACGAGGACGACAAGAGGAAUUCUGGGAACCUUUAUGACAAGGCGGGUAAGGUGCGUAAACAUGUGUCGGAGCAGGAGAAGGCAGAGGAGGGUCUGGGUCCAAACAUCAAGUCCAUCGUCACCAUGCUCAUGCUGAUGCUGCUCAUGAUGUUCGCCGUCCACUGCACAUGGGUCACCAGCAACGCCUACUCCAGCCCCAGCGUGGUGCUCGCCUCCUACAACAACGACGGGACCCGCAACAUCCUGGAUGACUUCAGGGAGGCGUACUAUUGGCUGAGGCAGAACACAGAAGAGAACGCUCGCGUCAUGUCGUGGUGGGACUACGGAUACCAGAUAGCGGGAAUGGCCAACAGGACCACACUAGUAGAUAAUAACACGUGGAACAACAGCCACAUAGCCCUGGUGGGGAAAGCCAUGUCUUCCAACGAGAGCGCAGCCUACCAGAUCAUGAGGUCGCUGGAUGUGGACUACGUGCUGAUCAUUUUCGGAGGUGUAAUCGGUUACUCAGGUGACGACAUAAACAAGUUCCUGUGGAUGGUGAGGAUAGCAGAGGGAGAGCACCCCAAGGACAUCAGGGAGAGCGACUACUUCACCCCUCAGGGAGAGUUCAGAGUGGACAAAGCCGGUUCACCAACUCUGCUCAACUGCCUCAUGUACAAGAUGUCCUAUUACCGAUUUGGUGAAAUGCAGCUGGACUUCCGGACGCCUCCCGGCUUCGACCGGACACGUAACGCCGAGAUCGGCAACAAGGACAUCAAGUUCAAGCACCUGGAGGAGGCGUUCACCUCGGAGCACUGGCUGGUGAGGAUCUACAAGGUGAAGAAGCUGGAGAACCGGGAGCCGCUGGAGCACAAGCUGCGCAGCGUGGUGUCCAGGCAGAAGUUCACCUCCAAAAAGACGGCCAAGAGGAAGCGUGGACACAUCAAGAACAAGCUUGCCCUGAGGAAAGGCAAGAAACUGCAAAAAAAAUAAUGGUGUCGAUGAACUCUUCUAGGAAAACAAACAACUGCGAAGAAACCUCCAACAACCAAUGAAGAAGAACACAGGGGCCACUUAUCUGGACCUUGGUCUCCAGCACUUCUCAUUAGAGCGCCCCCGUGUGUUGAGGAAGUGUAACCUCUGGCUAGCUCCAGAACUGUUGUCCGUUUUAUCCUGAGGAUCUUUUUUCCCCCGUUUAGUUCUUUCUUCUUUUUGUUUUAUUGCUUUGUACUUGAAUGUGUGGCGAGGCAUAGGUCUGCUCUGCUUGGUUCGGCGUCGAUUAUUUUUUGUGGUACGUUUAAUUAACUGCUUAUCAGUGCGGGGAUCGGGGUGUGAAGGGGGAAACGAGAGAAGACUGGGAACAUUUGCACCAAAGACCCAUCGACCUUGCUCCAUGGCACAUGUGAACUCAUUACUGAGAGUGAGGACGCGCGGGGGGGAAGCUGAGGACUUGUUCUUGACACGUGUACAGAGGACAGUAUGCGGCAUGGAGGAACGCCACCGUCUGUAAUAUGAACCUUUUUAUCAUCGUCCUCUCCUUUACGUCUGCCUGGCUCCCCGACCUUCUUUUUCAACAAAUUCUUUAGAAAACAAAUUGGCCUAAUGUGUACAUAUGUUAUGUAAAGAAUAAGUCUAAAAAGGAUGAUAAUAUAUUGGAUUAUUGUGGUGAUUUUUAAAUAUGCAGUUGUCAGUUUUUCUCUUAAGUUCUUAAUGUGAUUGUUCUGUUGAUUCCUUUUUGUUUUUAUGACAGCUAAUAGAACCGUGAAUGCAAUAAUUCUUGUACAAAGGGGCUUGAGAUUUUGUUGGAAGAAUGAAUGUGAAUUUUUACAAUGUUCCCCCUUCACAUCUCCCUUUUUUCAUGAAUUGCAUAGAUUGUACAUUUCUGCUGUUAGGGUUUUUAAAGACGGAAGCAAGCAACUGUGUAAAAAGUAGUGAUAAUGAAUUAGGCUUCCCUUCCUGCAGAGGGAGCUCUCUAGUUGAACGUGCAGAGCCUAGUGCCUCAUCGCCGGUCACCAUCGCCUCGGUCCUCUGGGACUCUGUUAGUUUUUCUUUCAGCUCAUCAUAUCUCUUUCACCAGACUGUGGCGUUGGCAGUGACUGGUGAACUGUGAAGGGGUUAGUUAGUUAGUACACAGGCACUGAGACUAGAGAAGGGCAGAGGUCAGGAGACGCUUCAUCACUUUCUGUGACUGCGUGGCCCUUUGUGCUUUUUAGAGCUGUGUCCUCAUGUCCAUGCUGCAUACAAGUCUAAAAAGGUUUGGUUAAUUCACACUAUAGUCAACCAUUAUUCUCAAAUGAUCCAAUAAACAAUUAGGCUGCAACCAAGGAUUAUUUUCAUCAUUGUAUCUGCUGAUCAUUUUUUCUCAAUUCGUUUUUUUGUACGUAAAAUGUUAAUUUCUCAGAGACCAAUGGGAUUUCAUUCUACUGAAUUUUUUUCUUGACCAACUGCCAUAACCCCUAAAAUCAUUUUAAAUUAGAAAUGCAGAGAAAGGUUGAAAUAAGUAGCUUUUUGUUUGAGAAAUGAUUGAAAGAUGCAUCCUACAAUUCCCAUGAUGCACCCCGAACGCUUUUUAUGAAUAGACUUCUCAUCCACAAUCUGUAACACAAAUUUGGAGUGAGAAAUCUGAUAAUACAAUUGCUUCAUGUGUAAAAUUAGCGCAACUGACUAAUUACAAUUCUAGUAAUCAUAUAAGAUGUGAUGCGUUCAUCUGAAUAGUGCAGGUGGUGUAUAUUAUGUAAUACGAGUAUAAAGUAGUACUGCAAACAUCAUUAUUUUCUUAAUAAAUCUUCACAUGGUAGAAAGAAAUGCCCAAUUUUCACAUCUGACAUAUCGUCAAAUAAAUGACAAAGUAAACCAAAUAAAUAAUUUACAAAUUGUACUUGUGCUUAAAAUAAUAACUUGAACACUAUUCCAAUAUAAAAAAGAUUUUACAUUUUCUUUCAGUUGACAUAUUAAAUAGUUCCAGCCAUAUAAGGUGCUUUAGAGUUUGGACACAGCUCUAAGGAGCAUAACCUUUGACCUGUUGUUCUGCGGGCACUACAGGUGUUAUGUAUGUGCACGCUUCAGUAACUUUCAUUUUUUAUCAAGUGACGCAUCAAAAGACUAACACAUCAUUGUUCUGUCACUUUCACAGAAAGGUGAUUUGUAUUAGUAUAGGCUGUUUUUGUUUUUUUUACACUUUUUGAAAAAAUGUCUGAAUGGCUUUGUUCUUCUUUUCUUUGAUCUCUGAAACUUGAGUGUCACCAUUUCAGACUUUUGACACAAUGCCACAUUUUUAUUCAGUCACACGAACGCCUAAAACUGAGUCCUGUCCUUCCUGUUUCUCAUUUGUCAAGAGAGGAGAGAGCUCAGACCAAGCCUUAAUGUGAUGUACCGUUUUUCGCCCUCUUAUGUUUUCAUUGUGUGUCGAUUAGCAGCGGCAGAGCGGUUCUUCCUCGCUAAGUUUACUCGUUUCUUAGUAGCUGAGUGCCGUCUGUCCUAACACCGUUUGUUUAAUGAAAGUUUACAUGUUUCUGUUCAGCCAUCUUUAAAUAUACACUCUAAUGAAAA